GAGUGACCUAGCCUUUCAUUUGCAUUUACUACUCGUAAUGGCGCGGGUGACGGCAAAGCAGUACUUCCUCCUGUUCAGCGCGACGCUGGGCUCGCUCUUCGCGGGUUCCAGUGCAAUGCACGCGGUCCUCAAGCCUGAUCUGACCAUCCCAGACCUCAGCGACAACACCAGCAAACCCCCCAAGAAGAAUGAAUAGCCUCAUCAACUGGGGUGUGGAUAGAAGCUCUCAGGACAGCAAAUCUCAAGUUUCUAAAUAGUAAUAUUCAUGCAAAUAGAGAAAGUUGCAGCUUUAAGCUCCUUAUCGACGCUGCAGUUGCUGCUGUCGACGCUGUUUCUGCUGAAGACGUCGCUCCUGCAAUAAUUGCCACAACAAAGGUCAGCAAACAACUCCAUCAUAACUGAUUCUCACAUUAUGACGC